AUGCACGAGAUUAUCACCUUACAGCUAGGUCAGCGCAGCAACUAUGUUGCAACUCACUUCUGGAAUCUGCAGGAGUCGUAUUUCACAUACGGCGAAAACGAAGAACCACUAGUAGACCAUGAUGUGCAUUUCCGACCGGGACUUGGAGCAGAUGGAUCAGAAACUUUCACGCCAAGAACAAUAAUAUAUGAUCUAAAGGGAGGGUUUGGCACCCUCCGUAAAUACAAUGCGCUCUAUGAAGUAGAAGAACCAUCUGGUCUUCCUCGGGGGCUAUGGGAAGGCAAUGAGGUUGUGCAGCGACAACCAAACGUUCCUCAGAAUGAAUAUCAGAAGAGCUUAGAGGCAGGCUUUCCGGCGCCACGCUUAAGCUCUGCGUCUGUACGAUAUUGGUCCGACUUUAACCGAGUUUAUUAUCAUCCUCGGUCUAUAGUUCAGCUGAACGAAUAUGAACUCAACUCCUCGUUGAUGCCCUUUGAGGAAUGGGGCAUGGGAGAAGACUUGUUUCGGGAUUUGGAUAAAGAGCAUGAUCUAUUGGACCGAGAUCUUCGUCCUUUUGCCGAGGAGUGUGACCAUCUCCGUGCCCUCCAACUUUUCACAAGCUCAGAUGAUGCCUGGGGAGGAUUUGCCUCUAGAUACGUCGAUAGGAUCAGAGAUGAGUAUGGUAAGACUGCCAUAUGGGUUUGGGCAUUGGAAGAUGGCGCAAGGUUGCCAAGGUCACAAUGGUAUACGUCUGCUUUGAUCGCGUCUGCUGUUGAAACCGUCACAAUUCCAUCUCGUCUCCGGACCUAUCGUGAUUUUGAGGCCUCGUUAAUGGGCCAUCGUGGAGGAUCACAGACUAUCUUUGAGCUACAAUCCUCCGUUAUCCCUCUUGACACUGUUGAAAAUAGGUCACCAUGGGCGACAAGUGAGCAUUCAACGCACGAGUCGGCAGAUGAAGCCAAGCUGAAUUUUGAUCUCAACUUUACCGUACCCCAGCCACUGGCGGAUGACACGACCGUGUUCACCCAAGUCCAAGUCUUCCGAGGCGAAGAACAGGGGCCUAAUGCUACAAAUACCGACUCCUUACAUGUGGAAGAUAUUGGAUUAUCGCGAAAAUUACGUCUUUACGCAUCGAAACCGGCUGUUGAAAGAUUCUCUACAAACCUACGCUUCCCUCUUCCGGACAGUUACCCCCGCGAUAUAUUCAGAGGCUACGAUACACAGGCCGGAGUAGAGCUCAUGGCCGCUUUGUCUAGUACAUCGAGAAUCGCAGAUAAACUGAAGGACCUGCAGGCUAUUGCAAACAGAGGAGUGGGAGUGGAUGAGCGAGAGGAUUUGACAAAUUCCAUCGGAGAAAUCCGGGAAUUAUAUGAGAAAGACUGGGGAAGCGACUCGGACUCUGGCGACGAUUGA